GCGCGCAGCUGCCGUCGCGGAGAGAUGAUGUUUAGGUCCGGGACUGUCAGUCAGUGCGCGGCCAGGUACGGGCCCGGGGUCCGCGGGGCCGGUGCCGCCAUGGCGGCCGUGUUUGAUUUGGAUUUGGAGACGGAGGAAGGCAGCGAGGGCGAGGGCGAGCCAGAGCUCAGCCCCGCGGACGUGUGUCCCGUUGCCGAGUCGAGGGCAGCUGGCCUAGAGCCUGUGGGACACUAUGAAGAGGUGGAGCUGACUGAGACCAGCGUGAACCUUGGCCCAGAGCGCAUCGGGCCCCACUGCUUUGAGCUGCUGCGUGUGCUGGGCAAGGGGGGCUAUGGCAAGGUGUUCCAGGUGCGAAAGGUGCAAGGCACCAACUUGGGCAAAAUAUAUGCCAUGAAAGUCCUAAGGAAGGCCAAAAUUGUGCGCAACGCCAAGGACACAGCACACACACGGGCUGAGCGGAACAUUCUAGAGUCAGUGAAGCACCCCUUUAUUGUGGAACUGGCCUAUGCCUUCCAGACUGGUGGCAAACUCUACCUCAUCCUUGAGUGCCUCAGUGGUGGCGAGCUCUUCACGCAUCUGGAGCGAGAGGGCAUCUUCCUGGAAGACACGGCCUGCUUCUACCUGGCCGAGAUCACGCUGGCCCUGGGCCAUCUCCACUCCCAGGGCAUCAUCUACCGGGACCUCAAGCCCGAGAACAUCAUGCUCAGCAGCCAGGGCCACAUCAAACUGACCGACUUUGGACUCUGCAAGGAGUCGAUACAUGAGGGCGCCGUCACCCACACCUUCUGCGGCACCAUUGAGUACAUGGCCCCUGAGAUUCUGGUGCGCAGUGGCCACAACCGGGCUGUGGACUGGUGGAGCCUGGGGGCCCUGAUGUACGACAUGCUCACUGGAUCGCCUCCCUUCACUGCAGAGAACCGGAAGAAAACCAUGGAUAAGAUCCUAAAGGGCAAGCUGGCGCUGCCCGCCUACCUCACCCCAGAUGCCCGGGACCUUGUCAAAAAGUUUCUGAAACGUAAUCCCAGCCAGCGGAUUGGGGGUGGCCCAGGGGAUGCUGCUGAUGUGCAGAGACAUCCCUUUUUCCGGCACAUGAAUUGGGACGACCUUCUGGCCCGGCGUGUGGACCCCCCUUUCAGGCCCUGUCUGCAGUCAGAGGAGGACGUGAGCCAGUUUGAUACCCGCUUCACACGGCAGACGCCAGUGGACAGUCCCGAUGACACGGCCCUCAGCGAGAGUGCCAACCAGGCCUUCCUGGGCUUCACAUACGUGGCACCAUCUGUCCUGGACAGCAAGGAAGGCUUCUCCUUCCAGCCCAAGCUGCGCUCACCCAGGCGCCUCAACAGUAGCCCCCGGGCCCCCAUCAGCCCCCUCAAGUUCUCCCCUUUUGAGGGGUUUCGGCCCAGCCCCAGCCUGUCGGAGCCCACGGAGCCACCUCUACCUCCACUCCUGCCGCCACCGCCGCCGCCACCCUCGACCACCGCCCCUCUCCCCAUCCGUCCCCCCUCAGGGACCAAGAAGUCCAAGAAGGGCCGUGGGCGUCCAGGGCGCUAGGAAGCUGGGUGGGGGUGAGGGUAGCCCUUGAGCCCUGUCCCUGCGGCUGUGAGGGCAGCAGGACCCUGGGCCAGUUCCAGAGACCUGGGGGUGUGUCUGGGGGUGGGGUGUGAGUGCGUAUGAAAGCGUGUGUCUGCUGGGGCAGCUGUGCCCCUGAAUCAUGGGCACGGAGGGCUGCCCGCCAUGCCCCGCGCUCAGCUGCUCCCGUGGAAGAUUAAAGGGCUGAAUCAUG